AUGAUGUGUUCUGCUUGGCUCAAUCUCUUCUACGCCGUCCACAUUGUCCCUUCACAACGAGCCUGUCUAAUCUGGAUGAAGAGGAACAUCAAGUCUGUAAUCUUCACAGCUUUACUUUUCAGUGGGACACUUUUUUUGUUCAGAAGUGCUGUGCAGGUCACAAGUUUGAUCAUUUCCAGAGGAUUCCAUGAAAUCAAUGGCACAUGGACUACCUAUUACGAUGAUGAGCUUGACCAUUUGGACGCAGCUUUUUUCAUUGUGAUCAAAGGCUACUCCUUGGUCUGUUUGUGUGUUAUGAUGGUGUCCAGCUUUUCCACAGUCUACUACCUGCACACACACAUAAGAAGCAUGUCGCAUGGCAGCAGUGGUUUUUCCCGUCAGAAGAUUCAAAGUCAAAUCAGAGUCAGCAUCACUGGGAUAAGUCAGGGAGUGCUCUACCUCAUAUUUGAUACCUAUAAUGUCCUGGAGACAUUUGUCAACAGUUUCUCUCACCACAUUAUCCUCAGUGCUUGGAUCUCCUUCACGGUCACCUCACUGUAUGUAACAGGCACAACUGUGAACUUGGGCAUUGGUCAGGCUGCAUUCAGGAUAAGAAUGGUCAAUAUCUGGAAGAAAAUCAAAGCAAUGUUCAGAGGUGGGGAAUGA